AUGCUUGUUCUUGUCUUGGGUGAUCUUCACAUUCCUUAUCGUGUAAGUGGUUUACCACAUGAAUUUCGUAAACUGUUGACUCCUGGUCGUAUUCAACAUAUUCUCUGUACUGGUAAUUUAUGUACAAAAGAAACUGUUGAUUAUUUGAAAACUUUAACGGCUGAUGUUCAUAUUGUUCGUGGUGAUUUUGAUGAUAAUCCAAAUUUUGUCGAUCAAAAAGUAGUUACUGUUGGUCAAUUUCGUAUUGGUCUUUGUCAUGGCCAUCAAAUUGUUCCAUGGGGAGAUAUUGAAAGUUUAAGUAUGCUUCAACGACAAAUGGAUGUCGAUAUUCUUAUAACUGGUCAUACGCAUAAAUUCGAAGCAUUUGAACGUGACAAUAAAUUUUUUAUUAAUCCCGGUUCAGCUACAGGAGCAUUUAAUGCAUUAAAUAGUUCAACAACACCUUCCUUUGUAUUAAUGGAUAUUCAACAAGCAUCACUUACACUCUAUGUUUAUCAAUUAAUCAAUGAAAAAUUUACUGUUGAACGACUUGAAUAUCGAAAAGCUUAG